UGUUGACUGGGAAGCCCCUAGCGCGGAGCUGCCAACGCCCGGCGUACAGACACAAACAGAGGAGACGAUCUUGAAUGAGUAGCAAAGACUGUAAAACGCAGCUAUGCAGACCAUCAAGUGUGUUGUAGUUGGUGACGGUGCUGUGGGUAAAACAUGCCUGCUCAUCUCUUACACCACAAACAAGUUUCCCUCUGAAUAUGUACCUACGGUCUUUGAUAACUAUGCUGUUACGGUAAUGAUUGGAGGCGAGCCCUACACUCUGGGCUUGUUUGAUACAGCAGGUCAGGAAGACUACGACAGGUUACGACCUCUGAGUUAUCCCCAGACAGAUGUCUUCCUCGUCUGUUUCUCUGUCGUGUCUCCCUCCUCGUUUGAAAACGUUAAAGAAAAGUGGGUUCCAGAGAUCACCCAUCACUGUCCAAAGACCCCCUUCCUCCUAGUUGGGACGCAGAUUGACUUGCGGGAUGACCCCUCAACUAUAGAGAAGCUGGCCAAGAACAAGCAGAAGCCCAUCACCCCGGAGACAGCCGAGAAGCUGGCGAGAGACCUCAAGGCUGUGAAAUAUGUGGAGUGCUCAGCCCUCACACAGAAAGGCCUAAAGAAUGUGUUUGAUGAGGCGAUAUUGGCUGCAUUGGAGCCCCCAGAGCCCAAGAAGAAACGCAAAUGUGUGCUGCUAUGAGAGGCUCCUACCUUUUUCAGAUCACUCACACAUACAACACAUCCACACAUCCUUAAAUACAUACACAUACACACGCACACACACACACACCCCUUUCCCUUGCUCUACUAAAGCUGGUUGACAGCAUUGUCCUCCGCAAGAAGUAAAACAGCUGACCAAGUUUCAGAUAAUUCUCUGCAAUAAUAAAAGAAGCCUCACCCCGAGGUCUGAGUUGGGACAGAAGCUGAACCUAACCUGGCCAAUAGGCCACUGUGGGCUCCCAGCAGAAGAUGAUCCAGAUACCAAGCUUACACCCAAGUAGAACUCACUCUGUCAAGCGUUUGAUAGAUUGAUCUUAACUCAGUAAGUGUUGUGGCCUCAUCAAUUUUAAAGAGGCCUGGCCAUUUAGUUGUCCUCCGCCACUGUAAAGCUUCCAAGGAUAUAAGCCCCGCCCCAGCCAACUGAUUGGUGGCUGCUCAUGCUGCUGGUCGUCCUGCCCCCCCACCCCCUCGACGAGCACACUCAUCGCCUGACCCCUAUGUUCCUCGAGGAAUUACAAACAAGAGUAGUUUUAUUUGCCAACACCCUCUUUCCCCCUGAAACACACGACAAGUCUGAGAUAUAUUUAUUUCAUGUUCCAGAUCGAUGCACUCUGAACCACUAAAGAAACUGUGUAGGUCUGAUAGGACUCAUUCACUUAAACAGUCAGGAUGAGACUCCUCACAGCUCUCUUUCUAUGAGGAAGUCAAACAGGUUACUAUCGCCAUCGGCCCUGCAGUCCUCUAUGUGCAGUCCAUUUGGAGUGUGGUAAUCACUUGAGCUAAAGGCAUCCAGUAGUAAUGGGUCUGCUAGUCGACCACAGGAAUUGGCCUUUUAGAUGCAGGGAACUUAAACAGUGUUAGCAGAACAAGCGGUGUGUUCUUCAUGUGUUGCCAGGGACCGAGGGAGAGUAAAGCAGGGCGCUGUUCAAACACCGUCAUCCCCUCACACUUAGAAUGGGUACAGCAGAGGCAUCUGGGUAAAAAAAACUACCGUUUCUUGGCUGAAGUUCCAUAUGUAGACGAGUUACAAAUGAAGACGAAUUCCCACCAGAUUUCUGUGCCAAGUCAGAAUUUGGUGGCUUCCUGCAGUGUGUUGUUGUAUCCAGGCCGUGUGUCUGCGGUGUGAAGGGCUGUCCAGUCUGUCGUACCCAUUCCCAGUGUGCUGCGCUGCGUGUAGCUGGACCUUGGUCUCUGUUCUAAAUGAUAGGUUUAACAGAUGUAAUUAUGAUGUAAGCUGGCACACGAUGUUGAUGUAGGCUCCAGGUGUUUUUACCAAAAUCUCUUUUCUUUUUCUUCAUUAUUUCUUUUUGUGCUGUUUUUUUUAUUUUAUAUAUAUAAAUAUAUUAAAAAAAAGGUUACUUUCACUCCUUUUACAUUUAGGGGUCGGAACUCAUCUGAACUCUUACCUGCCAGUUUAUACCAAGAAAACCACUGAUUGGUUUAGUUGAAUAAAAACCUCCAAUGGCAGAGAGACUGUUUGAUAAAGAUUAUUUGUGAUUGGUUGGUUCUUGUUUUUCUUUACUGGUGGCUUAGAGUUGGAUGGACGUCCAGCCCAAGUCAAUAUAAUUAUUAUAACCUGUUGUUUUGGUGCAAAACCAAAUGCUUUGUCUAAAGUCUUUGUUCUUUGUAUAUGCAUUCUUUUCAAAAAUAUUAAACUUAUACCUUAAUUGCCUUUA